AUGGCUGCGGUCGACUCCUCACCAAGGGCAGGCUCUGGUCCUUCGAGCCCCAUCCAGCGGAAACCAGUUGCUACCACUCAAGCAUCGCCACAACGCAGCCUACGGGAAAAGGGGAAAGCAUUGCCUCCUAUCCCCAUGUCCGAAGGCUCGCGACUGGGGCAGUCGCCUGUAUCGCCAGUCAAGAUGAACUUCCAACAGGACAACUGGGCGCAACCUUCCACCGCAACCAUAGAAACAGGAGAGCCACCAAACUACCAGCAAGAGCCACCUGCACCACCAGCACAUAAACCAUCAAUAGAGUUCUCGCAGCCGGAAGGGACCGUACGACGUGCAAGAGAGGCCUCGCUAGACUCGUAUCCUCCGACACAAGGGCGCACGAACCUGCCCGGACCUGCGAGUCCAACACACGGUUCUGACUUUGAUUUCCAACUGGACUCGAACCUCGGAGGCAGUGAGGCUUCAACAGAAGCGGCCAGCAGCACCACGCAGACGCCCACGAAGCAGGAGGAUAACAGGCACAGUCGCGAGACAGACACCUCCGGGUCUACGCCCAGUUUGUCGAACCCACACACAUCGACCGGCGCGUCAGUGGUAACAAGUGCAAGCUCAGUCUCCAACUCGUUGGACAACGGACAAGGCAGGAAAUCAGAAGAUGCUUCUACUGUCGGCUCCAUCCCUGAGGAUCCUGGCCAGGUUCAGCUUGUGCCACAGCUACAGUACCACCACCAACCCUUCGUGCCUAGGACAGCAUCCUCCGCGAACGAACAGAACCCGCGGGCCGUGUCGACGCCGGACCUAAUAGAGAACGGCACGGCCGUCAACCGCCAUUUGACACCCGUUUCUAAUAUGAGGAGAAGUUCAAUGCCACGGCCGCAGUCAACAUACUCCGUCCAUUCUGACCGUGGCCGGUCGUCCGCAUAUUAUGGGAAUUCAAGCCCACGCGCCCCAUCGUCACAUUCGGCAAGGAAGUCACCAGACAACCGCCAAUCCACAUACGCCGAGCUCCUCAAUGUGCCCUACCCGCAGCCAGCUCCAGCGCCGCUCACAAUUGACAACUCUCAGCUGCGAAAUGUAGUAGGAUCUAAUGCCUCUCUGCUGAGCUCGCAGAAGACGCUUGACAUGUACCGACAGAACGUAAAGAAGACGAAUGACGUUUCGCUACAGUAUUCAUUUGCGGUCUACCUGAUAUCAACAGCGCAGGAUCAGGGAUUAGACGUCACGAAAGCUCAGCCGAAACCGUCGUCGAAGUCGGGGCACAGUCGCGAUGGCUCAUUCGUUGACGAGACUGGAUCUGGCCCGCAUGAACUAGUGAGAGAAGCUCGAGCCAUCCUGCAAAAGCUUGCCAACGCCGGGUACCCCUUUGCCCAAUACUACCUCGCGGAUGGCUAUGCGUCAGGACUGUUCAGCAAGGGAAAGGAAGACUACAACUCAGCCUUUCCUCUGUUUGUCUUGGCGGCCAAGCAUGGCCAUGCAGAGUCUGCGUAUAGGACCGGAUUGUGUUACGAGUUCGGGUGGGGGUGUCGAAAAGACCCGGCCAAGGCUGUCCAGUUCCUACGAACAGCCGCCUCCAAGCGACAUCCAGGAGCCAUGACGAGACUCGGAAAAGCUUGUUUGUCUGGCGACCUUGGUGAAAAGCGCUAUCGUGAGGGUCUGAAAUGGCUGAAGCUGGCGACCGAGUCCGCGGACGCAAUGUACAAUGCAGCACCUUAUCACCUGGGUUGCCUUUACGAGACGGGGUACGGCGAGGAUAUCUUCAAAGACGAAGGGUACGCUGCCGAACUAUUGACGCAAGCUGCCGAUCUUGGUCAUCCGGAAGCCAACUACCGUAUGGGCGACGCCUACGAACACGGCAAGCUCCAAUGUCCACGGGACCCCGCGUUGAGUGUGCACUUCUACACUGGCGCUGCGGAGCGAGGCCACGCUGCAGCCAUGAUGGGUCUCUGCGCUUGGUAUAUGGUCGGAGCGGAGCCUGUCCUGGAGAAGGACGAGGAGGAGGCAUGCGAAUGGGCGCGUAGGUCUGCUGAGCUGGGUUACGUCAAGGCGCAAUACGCGGUCGGCUACUUUACGGAGAUGGGCAUCGGCUGCAGGAGAGACAUCCUUGAAGCUAACGUCUGGUAUGUCAAGGCCGCAGAUGCUGGGGACGAUCGAGCCAGGCAAAGACUCAAUGCCAUCCGGGCGGCAGCAAGCGGCGGUAUGCCGAUGGAGGUUGGGCCCGCAAAAGCCCACAACCUUAGGAAGACGAAGAGCGGCACGAAAGAGGACAACUGCCUGGUGAUGUGA